GAGAGGAGUCUGAACACGGAUAUAUUGCUGGGACUAGUGAAACGCUUGGUUGGAGUGCGUGCCUCCAAUUUAAAGGUUCUUAUCACUUCAGCAACUCUUGAUGGUGAAAAAGUAUCAAAAUUCUUUUCAAAUUGCCCCAUACUAACUGUCCCAGGGAAGUUAUACCCUGUUGAGAUAUUGUACAGCAACGAGCGCCCUAAAAGCUAUCUUGAGUCGUCUUUAAAAGCAGCUCUUGACAUACACGUUCGGCAACCAGAGGGUGACGUCCUAAUAUUCAUGACUGGACAGGAUGACAUAGAGAAGUUGGUAUCAAAGUUGGAGGAUCGAGUUCAAAGUCUAGAUGAGGGUUCCUGUAUGGAUGCCAUCAUCCUUCCCCUUCAUGGUUCUUUGCCACCUGAAAUGCAGGUGCGUGUAUUUAGUCCUCCACCUCCGAAUUGCCGACGAUUUAUAGUUGCCACAAAUAUUGCUGAAACUUCGUUGACGGUUGACGGUGUUGUGUAUGUUAUUGACUCUGGUUAUGUCAAGCAACGGCAGUACAACCCAUCAACUGGCAUGUAUUCCCUCGAUGUUGUUCAAAUUAGCAAAGUGCAAGCUAAUCAACGGGCAGGCCGAGCGGGAAGAACUCGCCCUGGGAAGUGCUAUCGGUUAUACCCUUCCACAGUUUAUCAUGAUGAAUUUCUGGAUGUAACAGUUCCUGAAAUACAGCGAUCUUCCCUCGCUGGGAGUGUUCUCUAUUUGAAAUCACUGGACCUCUCUGAUAUGGAUAUUCUCAAGUUUGAUUUUCUUGAUCCGCCUUCACUUGAGUCUUUAGAAGAUGCUUUGAAGCAGUUAUAUCUCAUUGAUGCUAUUAAUGAAAAUGGCUCUAUCACAAGUGUUGGACGAACAAUGGCUGAGCUCCCACUAGAACCUUCACUCUCCAGAACCUUAAUGGAGGCAAAUAAGUGUGGUUGCUUAUUCCAGGCUUUGAGUGUUGCUGCCAUGUUAUCAGCGGAAACCUCAUUGCUUCCUGGUCGAAGCAAGAAUACUGAAAAAAAGAGGAAACACAAUUCCUCAAACCUUCCUGAUGGGUCUGGCUGGGGUGAUCACAUCCAGCUGCUUCAGAUCUAUGAGCAUUGGGAUAGAACUAAUUAUAAUAUUGGUUGGUGCAAAGACAAUGACUUGCAGGUGCGGGGGAUGUUGUUUGUCAAAGAUGUUCGGAAACAAUUAUCUCAGAUAAUGCAGAAAAUAACUAAGGGAUCCCUAGAUGUACAGGAAAAUGGAAGGUGGAAAGAGAGUGAGCUUGAUUACCGGAAUUUGAGGAAAGCUUUGUGCAUAGGUUUUGCAAAUCAGCUGGCUGAGAGAAUGAUUCAUCACAAUGGCUAUCGAACUCUAGGUUUUAAGCCCCAAGUAGUUCAGGUGCAUCCGUCUUCAGUGCUGAAACCAGAUGCAGAGGGAAAGUUCCCAGAGUAUGUUGUGUACCAUGAACUCAUUGCAACCUCACGCCCAUACUUACGCAAUGUAUGUGCUGUAGAGAUGAAUUGGGUCAUGCCCAUUCUAAACAAGGUUAAGAAGAUAAAUAUAAACAAACUGAGUGGUGGGACUGGUCCUAUUAGAGAAGAAACUGAAGAAAAACUCUCAGACGUGCCGAAGAAAGAGAUUAACAUUGAUGGGGUCCCUGGUGACCAUGAAAAUAGAAUUCAGGCAGCUAGAGAACGUUUUCUUUCUCGUAAGGCAAAGAAAUGAGCUUCAUUUUUGCUCUUGAUGAU